GAGGUGCCAACGAUGGCUGUAGAGAAGGUCUUUGUGUACAACAACACAUCCAUUGUGCAGGAUGAAAUUCUGGCUCAUCGCUUGGGCCUCAUCCCUAUCCGAGCUGACCCUCGACUCUUCGAAUAUAGAAACCAAGGAGAUGAAGAAGGCACGGAAAUUGAUACUUUGCAGUUCCAGCUGAAAAUAAAAUGUAGCCGAAACCCUCAGGCAGCCAAGGAAUCGUCUGAUCCUAAUGAACUAUAUUUCAAUCACAAAGUGUACAGUAAACAUAUGACGUGGGUGCCCCUGGGAAAUCAGACAGACCUCUUUCCAGAUGCUGACUUCCGACCUGUUCACGAUGACAUCCUCAUUGCACUGUUGCGACCUGGUCAGGAAAUAGAUGUGCUUAUGCACUGUGUCAAGGGUAUAGGUAAAGAUCAUGCCAAGUUUUCUCCCGUGGCCACAGCUAGUUAUCGACUGCUUCCUGACAUUACUCUCCUGCAGCCUAUUGAGGAUGAGGCAGCUGAGAUGUUGCAGAAGUGCUUUUCCCCUGGAGUCAUUGAGAUCCAGAACAUCAAAGGAAAAAAGGUGGCAAGAGUAGCCAAUGCACGGUUGGACACGUUCAGCAGAGAAGUCUUCCGUCAUGAGGGUCUGAAAAACCUUGUGCGCCUGGCAAGAGUGCGAAACCAUUACAUCUUUUCAGUGGAGUCGACGGGUAUCUUGCCUCCAGAUGUGCUGGUGAGUGAAGCCAUCAAGAUCCUGAUGGGAAAGUGUCAGCGCUUCCUGAAUGAACUGGACUCUGUGCCUAUGGAGUGACCAGGCUGUAGCUGGGAAGCAUAUCCCUGCACUGCUGUUUGGGCUUCCUGCACCUGCCUGCAGGGGUGAUUCCUCUUCUGUAGGCAAGAGGUUUGAGAUGGGCUUGUUAAGAGUCCUAGGACAAUCUCUUUGAAUUUGUUUUCUGUUGGUAAUGAGCCUCAGUGAGGAGAUGCACUAAAAUAAAGGCUUUUCUUUAC